AUGGAUUCUGAUAAAAUAACUCCAAGUCAUGAUGAUGAGAAAAGAUAUUUAACUACAAACUCUCCCUUAUUACCUCGUGGUAUCGAUAUCUCUGCUUAUGAUUUUAAGAUCAAUGAGCCACCUAUGGAUCGUCCAGUUCGUAUCUAUUGCGAUGGAAUUUAUGAUUUGUUUCAUUUUGGACAUGCUAAAGCAUUAGAACAAGCCAAGAAUUCAUUUCCCAAUGUUUAUUUGAUUGUAGGAGUAUGUAGUGAUGUGGAGACUCAUAAACGUAAAGGUAAAACGGUCAUGACAGAUAUCGAACGUUAUGAAUCUGUUCGUCACUGUAAAUGGGUGGAUCAAGUGGUACCGGAUGCACCAUGGAUCGUAACUCAAGAGUUCCUGGAUAGAUAUCAAAUUGAUUAUGUGGCUCAUGAUGCGGAACCCUAUCAAUCUGCAGAAUCAGGUGAUGUCUAUGCCUUUGUAAAAGCUCAAGGGAGGUUUUUACCUACUCAACGUACAAGUGGUGUAUCUACCUCAGAUCUUAUUACUCGCAUCGUUCGUGAUUAUGAUGCCUAUCUUCGUAGAAACCUUGAAAGAGGUGUUACGGCAAAGGAAUUAAAUAUUUCUUUUUUAAAGGAGCAGGAAAUUAAAACAAAAAAAUCGAUUGAUGAUUUGAAAAAUCAGAUAAAGUAUGCUAUAUUAGAACAUUUGGGCACUUGGGAAGAUCAGAGUCAUGAUUUUAUUAAAAGCUUUGCUGGAAGAUUUGGUGCAAAAGAUGUAGUGGAAAAGUUUUUAAAUAGUCGUAGAUUAGUUUCUAGCUAUACAAACAGUAAUAAACGGAAAAGAAAUUCCAUUACUCAUCAGGAUAACAGCAGUGAUUCAAAUUCCUCCAUUCAAUAGUAUAACACAAUGACUUUCACUAUACAUUAUACCUUAAUUAUUUAUAUACACAUACAUACAUACAUAUUUAUGUGAUAUUAUAUUAUUAUAGCAUUGAUUCUUCAACAUAUAUAAAUACAAUUCUUUUAUAAGAAUUUAUU